AUGGGUCGCGUUAGAACCAAGACUGUCAAGAAGGCCUCGCGUGUCUUGAUUGAAAAGUACUAUCCUCGUCUUACGUUGGACUUCCAGACCAACAAGAGAAUCUGCGAUGAAGUGACCAUCAUCCAGUCCAAGCGUCUCCGUAACAAGAUCGCCGGUUUCACCACCCACUUGAUGAAGCGUAUCUCUCGCGGUCCCGUCCGCGGUAUCUCCUUCAAGUUGCAGGAAGAAGAACGUGAACGCAGAGACAACUUCGUUCCCGAAUUCUCCGCUUUGGACACCUCCGUCAUUGAGAUCGAUCCCGAUACCAAGGAUCUUCUCAAGACCCUCAACUUUGAGAACCUUGCCAACGUCCAGGUCACCAACCCUGUCGCUGCCUCGGCCCACGCUGACUUGCGUCGUCCUCGUCGUGACAACCGUGCUCCCCGCAAGGCCGCCGAAGCCACCGCUUAA